GCCUCGUUCCAUUCCGCCUCCACCAAGCCUCUGCCUUCCUCGCUCCUUGCAUCCCCGGAUUCCAGUUUGGUUGCUCGUGGCUAGGGUUGGACCGGCGGCCUCGGCGAUGUCGGCGCCGUGGUGGGACUCCGACUGGAAGGACCGCUCCGGCCCGGAGUACCGCUGCUUCGUGGGCAACCUCCCCUACGGCACCAGCGAGAGCUCCCUCAAGGACGCUUUCUCCAGUUACGCCCCCCUCUACUCCGAGAUCGCGGUGGAUCCUGAGACGGGGAGGUCCCGCGGCUUCGGGUGGGUGCAGUUCGAGGACCAGAAGUCGAUGGACAACGCCAUCCAGGGCAUGAACGGCCAGCAGGUCGGCGGCCGCAGCGUCACCGUCAGCCAGGCCAACCACCGCCCGCGCCGCUGGAGGGCGUGAACGGCCGGCCGGCACGCCGGUGGCCAUGGCCUGCUGCGCGCGUACAACAGACUAGUUGGUUAUCUCCCCCAAUCGUCAGGCCUUUAGCUAAUUAGUACUAGUGGUGGUGUUAGUUGUCUUCUAUCGUCCUAAGUAAUCCGAGAUUGCUAUGUCAUGAACUCAUGAUGUUCUAGACCUUGUGUUGGUCUUCGUUGGUUUGUUAUGGAUUGUGUGCUCGAUCGGUGAGUUAUCUUCGUUUGGGUUUGGUGAUGUGAGAUGGAAUGGAACCAGCUUUGUUAAAAUGCAUGUUGCUUGUGGGUGUACAUCGACUUAUUCUGGAACAUCAUUCUGAUUUUUGGUGAUGUGAGAUGGAACAACAGACUUGUCUUGAA